AUGGCGGGUUCCAAGGGUAAGGAGGCAUUUCGUAGGCCUCUGCGCCAACUCAAAACUCCGCCAGGAAAAGAUUCAGCUCCGCAGAGUCUUUUCCCCUUGAGCCCCGCUCAUCAACCAUGGUUGCGACAUCGAUCCCUGACUCAGUGCCAAAGUUUGGCAGAUGCUGGGUUAGGAGAAGUCAUCGAUGUCGCUUCCCUCUCCUGUGCUGGCCCUCUCUCUCAGACCACGUCUACCCAGCACAGUGAUCUCCAUACCUAG